AAAGCCUGAGAUGCACACAUCAGACAGGCCCACCCUCUGCUAUGUCACAGCCCCCCUGGGGAUGGCAGAGGUCAUGACCUGUGACCUUGUGAACGGCCUCGGUUCACUCAUGGUGUCAGAUCUGGAGGAGCUGGUCAGCAGUGUCCUCAGGCUACGGCUGCCAGACAACACCAAGUGCUCCUUCCCCAUCACCGUGGUCAUCCCAUUCCGAUCCCGCUACCGCGGCAACUACCGUGACAUCAUAGUGAAGGUUGUCGAUCAAGCAUCAAGGGUCAGCUACGUUAACCCUGUGUCCAUGGAAGGCAACUACGGAGGACAGAAAGGCUCAUAUGCAGAGGUGCGUGUGUACACUCUGGGUGUGUUUGCAGUGGUGUCCUGCUUAAGGAAGGAGAGCUACACCAUCCCAAAGAAAGGGCUCUCCCUCAAACUGAGCAUAGACUCCAGAAUCUGCCUGGACUACCUCCCAGGAUCCUUCACCUCUCCAGUGAUCGCCCAGGCUGUGGUCCAGCCGGUGGAGUCCAGCCUGCUGUCUGCUCUGAAGUCCAACAGGGACGUGUACCACGCCGUCCUGACCACCAGCCCUCUCCUCUACCUCACUCACCCCAGCAGCCAGCCCCCCCGCAGGACCCUGGCCCUCACCCUACCCUGCCCCCCCAACCCCGACCGGAGGAGGCCGGGGGAGGAGGGCGACCCCAGUCACCCCCGCCCGACCAGUGCUGCCCCCAUUCAGGUCACCCCACUCCAGUAUAGAAUACGAUGUGUUUGCGCUCUUAGGGCCGUGAGUGCUUCCGUAAAACCUUCCAGAGAGCUGGCUAAGGAGCAGCUGGUUCUGUUGGGCUGGAAGGAGGAGCAGUGGAACGUUCUAGACAAUGUGUCUGUCAGGAACCUGCAGAAUGGCCUGGUGUCCUUUGAACUGACGGAGCACUUUGAGAGGUGCAUCUCACAGCAAGACCUCCAAAUGGCUAUUAGUAGUGUAGAACACAUGCAAAGACACUCACAGAAAGUAAGACCCUCCUAUCUGGCUGCCAUGGUGGAGGAGAUCGAGGAUUCUGUGCGCCGUGUCAUGGUAACCAUUGUCCUCCGGCGUCAGAGGCAGGACCCUCACAGCGUGGUGGUGGCAGCCCUGCCCAGCAGAGACCUGAGCUGGGAACUGGCCAAACUCCAGGGACAGGCCUACUGCGGCCCACCCGAACCCUCUGGGGAGAUCGCCAUGAGCGAGGGAGACCAGCUGCGGCUGAGCUUCAGUGGGAACAUCACAGGUACGCGUGCAGAUGUCGUCAGGUCAGGUAGACAUACCGAACUGUGUCUCACACAGUGUAAGUGUUCUUGUAUGCGUUUGUUGGCUAUAGCUGACCGAGAAACAGUGUCUCCAAAGACUAUCACCUUCCACCACCAACGGAAGAGCCGUGAGUAUCUCACACUGGCAGUGGUGGACCCGUUCGGGAACUACAGCUCUCCACACUACAAAGGCCUGGCCGUCUUUCACAGGGUUCCAAGAACCCAGCUGGUCUGGAUGGGAAACACUGCUGUUCUUUCUCCACAGCACCCUCUAAAGGAGCCUGUGUGUAAACUCUCUCUCACUCUACCCAAGGUAUACAGUCUGAGCAACUUAUGUGUGUGUGUGUGUGACUCAGACUCUCUCUCUGAUGAGCUCCUUGCGUGGCUGUGCGAGGAGCUGUGUGAGGAGGAGGCGGCGCUGCUGCUGCUGGCGCUGCGGGUGAAGCGGAGCGCGGUGCAGCUGGCCCGUCUCAGGGCGCCCGCCGACAGCCUGCCCCGCCAGGCCUUCCACGUGCUGGGCCUGUGGCGGAGGAGCCUCCCCUCCCACGCCCCCAAGGCGCCUCUGCUGGCCCGAUGCCUGGCGCGCGCCGGCCGGCCCGACUUGGCCAAAGAGCUGCUGCUCAGGGAGGGGGGAGGAGGUGAGGGGUAGAGAGGAGGGGGAGGGGG